GAAGGGGGUGUCGGGGUUGGGCGACGCGGUGACACCUGAGGCCUGGUGGCGGCGGUGGAUCCGGGCAAUCAAGGCUGAAGCAGCCAGGACGACGGCGGCGGCGGCGGCCGGACAAACAGGCUGACCGAGCCGGGCGGUGGCGGGAGCAGCGGGAGGAGCCGGAACGAUGCCGGCCGUGAGCCUCCCGCCCAAGGAGAACGCGCUCUUCAAGCGGAUCCUGAGGUGUUAUGAACAUAAACAGUACAGAAAUGGAUUGAAAUUCUGUAAACAAAUCCUCUCUAAUCCCAAAUUUGCUGAGCAUGGAGAAACUCUGGCUAUGAAAGGAUUAACAUUGAACUGUUUGGGGAAAAAGGAAGAAGCUUAUGAAUUGGUUCGUAGAGGUUUGAGAAAUGACUUGAAGAGUCAUGUGUGUUGGCAUGUUUAUGGCCUUCUCCAGAGGUCAGACAAGAAAUAUGAUGAAGCCAUUAAGUGUUACAGAAAUGCGCUAAAAUGGGAUAAAGACAAUCUUCAAAUCUUAAGGGACCUUUCUUUAUUACAAAUUCAAAUGCGAGAUCUUGAGGGUUACAGGGAAACGAGGUAUCAGUUACUUCAACUUCGACCUGCACAGAGAGCAUCAUGGAUUGGUUAUGCUAUUGCUUACCAUUUAUUAGAAGAUUAUGAAAUGGCAGCAAAGAUUUUAGAAGAAUUUAGGAAAACACAGCAGACAUCCCCUGAUAAAGUGGAUUAUGAAUAUAGUGAACUCCUUUUAUAUCAGAAUCAAGUUCUUCGUGAAGCAGGUCUCUAUAGAGAAGCUCUGGAACAUCUUUGUACCUAUGAAAAGCAGAUUUGUGAUAAACUUGCUGUAGAAGAAACCAAAGGGGAACUUCUGUUGCAAUUAUGUCGUUUGGAAGAUGCAGCUGAUGUUUACAGAGGAUUGCAAGAGAGAAAUCCUGAAAACUGGGCCUAUUACAAAGGCUUGGAAAAGGCACUCAAGCCAGCUAAUAUGUUAGAACGACUAAAAAUUUAUGAGGAGGCCUGGACUAAAUAUCCCAGGGGAUUAGUGCCAAGAAGACUGCCAUUAAACUUUUUAUCUGGUGAGAAGUUUAAAGAAUGUUUGGAUAAGUUCCUAAGGAUGAACUUCAGCAAGGGUUGUCCACCAGUCUUCAAUACUUUGAGGUCGUUAUACAAAGAUAAAGAAAAGGUGGCAAUCAUAGAAGAAUUAGUAGUAGGUUAUGAAACCUCUCUAAAAAGCUGCCGGUUAUUUAACCCCAAUGAUGAUGGAAAAGAGGAACCACCAACCACAUUACUUUGGGUCCAGUACUACUUGGCACAACAUUAUGAUAAAAUUGGUCAGCCAUCUAUUGCUCUGGAAUACAUAAAUACCGCUAUUGAAAGUACACCCACGUUGAUAGAACUCUUUCUUGUGAAAGCUAAAAUCUAUAAGCAUGCUGGGAAUAUUAAAGAAGCCGCAAGGUGGAUGGAUGAGGCCCAGGCCUUGGACACAGCAGACAGGUUUAUCAACUCCAAGUGUGCAAAAUACAUGCUAAAAGCCAAUUUGAUAAAAGAGGCUGAAGAAAUGUGCUCCAAGUUUACAAGGGAAGGAACAUCAGCAGUCGAGAACUUAAAUGAAAUGCAGUGCAUGUGGUUCCAGACAGAAUGUGCCCAAGCUUAUAAGGCAAUGAAUAAAUUUGGUGAAGCACUUAAGAAAUGUCAUGAGAUUGAGAGACAUUUUAUAGAAAUCACUGAUGACCAGUUUGACUUUCAUACAUACUGUAUGAGGAAGAUUACCCUUAGAUCAUAUGUGGACUUACUAAAGCUAGAAGAUGUACUUCGACAGCAUCCAUUUUACUUCAAAGCCGCAAGAAUUGCUAUAGAGAUCUAUUUGAAACUUCAUGACAGCCCUCUUACAGAUGAGAAUAAAGAACAUGAAGCUGAUACAGCAAACAUGUCUGAUAAAGAGCUAAAGAAGCUACGUAAUAAACAAAGAAGAGCUCAAAAGAAAGCCCAGAUAGAGGAAGAGAAAAAAAAUGCAGAAAAAGAAAAGCAGCAGAGAAAUCAGAAAAAGAAGAAGGAUGAUGAUGAUGAGGAAAUUGGAGGCCCAAAAGAAGAGCUUAUUCCGGAGAAACUGGCCAAGGUUGAAACUCCAUUGGAAGAAGCUAUUAAAUUUUUAACGCCAUUGAAGAACUUGGUGAAGAACAAGAUAGAAACUCAUCUUUUUGCCUUUGAGAUUUACUUUAGGAAAGAAAAGUUUCUUUUGAUGCUACAAUCAGUAAAGAGAGCAUUUGCUAUUGAUUCUAGUCAUCCCUGGCUUCAUGAAUGUAUGAUUCGACUCUUUAGUACUGCAGUGUGUGAAAGUAAAGAUUUACCCGAUGCAGUUAGAACAGUAUUAAAACAAGAAAUGAAUCGUCUUUUUGGAGCAACGAAUCCAAAGAACUUUAAUGAAACUUUUCUGAAAAGGAAUUCUGAUUCAUUGCCACACAGAUUAUCAGCUGCCAAAAUGGUAUAUUAUUUAGACCCUUCUAGUCAGAAGCGAGCUAUAGAGUUGGCAACAACACUUGAUGAAUCCCUCACUAACAGAAACCUCCAGACAUGUAUGGAGGUAUUAGAAGCCUUGUGUGAUGGUAGCCUAGGAGACUGUAAAGAAGCUGCUGAAGUUUAUAGAGCAAAUUGUCAUAAGCUUUUCCCUUACGCUUUGGCUUUCAUGCCUCCUGGAUAUGAAGAGGAUAUGAAGAUCACAGUUAAUGGAGAUAGUUCUGCAGAAACUGAAGAACUGGCCAAUGAAAUUUGAACAUCAUCAAACAAGCAAACGGAAUGACUUUGGACCAUAUCUAGUGUAUAAUAUUUUUGUCACGCACCUGCUGCAUUGCUCUAACUUACACAGAAUGAGAAGAGUAAAUGUUCUUGCCUUCAAAUAGUGUUUUACGUUUUUUAUCCUGCUGAAAAAGUAUAUAUAAAAUAUCUAACAUAUUACAGGAUAUAGGUUCAGUUUCUUAAAAAAUUAAAAGCUGCUAAAAUUGAGGGGUUAAAAAAAGAUACCUUAUCCUAUUCCUACCUACCCACCCAUGUUUUUAAACUAAUUUAUAUAAAAUCUGGAGGCUGUUACAGCUAACAAAGCAGGUGUGUGGCAGAAAUAUUACUUUAAAUUUGUCUUGUGAGAUUUUACUAUAUCUCAGACAGCAUAAAUGCUGUUUUAGCACUGGAUUCUUUCACUGAGCACAAAGAGUUGUUGGGGCUUUAGCAUCUAACUGAUUUUGUUACGGGGUUGAUUAUGACCAUAGGAAGUAUGCAAUGUGAAUCACUAUUUACAGAGAAACCUACAACAGAUGCUUGAUGUUGUAGAAGCUGGGACAUAUAGAUACCAAGCAGAAUUAUAAGAAAACCUAGAGGGUGUUCAAUACGCUUGUUGUGUUUCCAAAAUUCACUGUACAUGAUCAGUUUGGUGUUCUUGUACCACAGUUUUUAACUGAAGGAACCAGUUGGAACAAUCUCAAUUCUAACUAAAACUUGAAGAACUAAAAUAACAAUGCAAACCUUUCAGCAUUGUUUUGGCCAAACUUGUUAAAACUGUAAUGCAAGAACCAAAUGCACUGUGAUGUGGCACCAACUAAUUAGCAAGCAUGAACUUUUCACCCAAGAGUGAAAAAAGAAAAUCUACCAUGGCUUGAAGUUAAAGAGCAGAACUCCUGACUACCAUUCUAUGACUGAUCAAGAGACUAAUAGUUAAAAACCUCAGCAGGCCUUGUUCACGAUAUGCAGAAAAAAAUGUGCUGCAGUUUAGAUACCUCUGGAAUUUUUCCACAGUGUCACAGGUUUGUAAUACUUGAAGCCCUACAUUUCUAAGAAUAUAUUUCUUGCUCAGUUGUUUCAGGCAAGCCCAAGACUUUGUAAUUUUUAAAGGGCCCAAGAUUUCUUUCUUUCUUUCUUUUUUUUUUUCAAUAACAGACCAGCUUCUUUUUCCUGCAGUUACAGAUGUAAUUUCCUUUUUGUUGUCAAACAUAAGGUACCAAAUAUGAUGCAAUAAAUUGUUUUGAAAAACA